AAGUUACGAAUUUCUAAUUAAUUCUAAUAUUAUUUACUAAACAUGGAAAGUAAACACGAAGUACCAAGUGAUCAAACUGAUGUUUGUAUCAACAGGCGAGUGAAAUUGCUGCAUUUCAGUGACGGCGUAGAAGAAGUUAUGGAACAACAAAAUGUUAGCGAAUUAGAUGCAGCACCCAAGCAUGAAGAAACUGUUGAUCCGAAAUCCCUGGACUGGGGUCCAUGGUUCUCCCACUAUGCCUGGAAAUCCGGCACCAAAGUCCUCAAUGCUGUAGACUACGCUGGCGAGUCAUUGGCAAACUUCUUCGGUAUCACCACACCCAAGUACCAGAUAGAGAUUGAAGAACAUGAGAGGGUAGUUGAAGAGCAGAGGAAGAUGGAGGAGGAUUCUGUUGGUUGGGUGCCGAGGAAUGGCGGUGGGGAUGUUCCGUUGGUGUUGACGGAACCUAUAAAGGAAGUUGCGAAGCCUGCAGAAGUGUAGAAC